AUGGAAGAAGAUACACUCGUCAGCCGCAGAUCCCGGCGGAGCACAGCCGGAAAUCGAAUGCAAGCAGCGUUAGCCGAAAUUGCAGUCGAGGAUCUAUCCAAAGAAGACGCUGAAGAAGACAAAGACUUUAUCGUAGAAACGUAUGAAGAAGAUGUAUUCGAAUCAGAUUUCGAAAGCACAGACGAAGAGGAACCUGCGGCUGCAGAACAUGAACCUGUCGAAAAUGAGGAAAAACAGGCUAGAAAGGUUGCACGAUCUCGGCUUGAACGAGCCACAGCUGCUGCUCACGCCCGUCAAAAAGUCACCUUCGAUCCUACGGCGACUGAAGGCGCUUCCACCUCUACUCUUGCAUCUACGUCCAAAACCAAACCUAAACGCAAGCGUCGCGUUUCCCUCGGAUUCACAAUAAAUGCCCAGACGGGUGAAGUAAUUGCGGAGAAUGACCAGGACCAGGACGAUCGUAACAGUGAAGCCAAUGUUGAAGACGGCGGUGAUGGAACAGCGGUUCAAAGGAGGAAACGGUCUAGCAAACGGCAAACAACUAUCAAAAAUACCACCGACACUGUCACACGUUAUCUCAAAUCGGAACAACAAAAGGCUCUCCAGCCUUCGCGCAAACGUAGUAGGAGUAAUAAAAGACCGACACAGGCUGAACUACUUGCGCGUGCACUGGAUACUGAGGAAGGAAAUCUAGUGGAUCAUAGGGAUUACUUGAUGCUUGAGGAAGAGAAACGACGGACGAGGAACAAACGGGAUCAGGUUACUGUUACUGGACCAUUGUUGAGGUGGGUAAGUAAGGCUGAAGAGUGCAAGAUCGAGAUCGUUCAGGAGAAAGAGAAGGAGAAAGAGGGACAUACAGCCAAUGCAACACCUGGGUAUGCGGACGAUCCAUGUCUUUCUAACUUACCUUCUACACUUUCAUCCGGACGAGAGCCAGGAUAUACGCCUCAGUCAUUCUUGCCUGCAUCUGUGGCAAAUUCGUCUACCUCAACGGUUCCACCAAACUCGACUUCGAUAACUGUACCUCCGACAGCCUCCGCUUCAUCUACUCUGAUUCCAAACUCAACUCCAUCGAAUUGGCCACCGGCGACAUCAAAUUCGUCCUCAUACCCCCUUCAAUACACGCUCUCACCAACUACCGCUGCUACCAUACCCGCAUCGAUGACAACCAAUCCUCCAAGUACAGCAGCACGGAGCUCACAAUAUCCGCAAUCCACACAGUUUUCAGCACCAUUGGGUUUCCAACUUCCUCCAACGUCAACGCCACCAACUGCGCCCGGAUCAGGACCAAUACCGGAACCAGAAAUCAAGAAAUACAAAACCGUAAAAGUCGCUAAAAGCUAUCUCGUUCAUGAAUUAAAUCAAGACGAAGAAGAUAACUCAAAGCCGAGUUGGGAAGAAACGAUGGAAGCGAUGUUUGGGAAUCAUGUCAAGUGGGGAGGGAUGAAGGUUUAUACCGUAAAAAAUCGACCUUUGACGCGCUACAUACCCACUUGUCCAAUCACGGGCUUACCCGCAAAGUACCUCGACCCACGCACCGGUGUUCCAUUCGCGAAUAUUCGUGCCUACAAUACGCUCAAGAAGCUCCAGAGAGAGUUUUUGUUAGCUCAGAGUGAUAAUGCUGAACCCAAAGACGAUAAGGCCGUUGAAGAAAACGAGGACGAGGCUAGUAUUGAAGAUGUUUGGGAUAACGAGUUGGGGUGCUACAUCGGGGAUUUUGAAGGCAAUUUUGUACUUGAUGAGAUGGAUGUGGGGACGGGAACCCACGGAGAUCCUAUGGUUAUAGGCUAA